AUGUCUUCCAACAUUGGCACUAACACGGUGCAACUCGCAAAGUCUCCGCUCGAGGACUUUCUCCAUCGAACCAACGACGCUGGCCUAAAUAUAGCUGAGUCGAGCGCCAAUGGUGGGGGAAACUGGGAGAUUGUGAACGAGGAUGAUAUCCUGGAUGAGCAGGACAAUGCCGAGUGGGUGCUUGUUGGCAGGACGGACGCUAAGAAGCAUAAGCAGGUGGAGGAACGCAAGACCAAGGAGUGUAUGAAGAAGCGCGCGAAGCGAAUCUCACAGCCCUAA